AUGGGCUCUAUGCGAAGGCAGAGAAAUGUGAUUUUUUAUCAAAGGGAGAUUGCAUUCCUGGGCUAUCGCAUAGGACCACAGGGGGUCGAGAUGGAGGCGGCCAAGGUCAAGGCGGUGCAACAAUGGCCGGAACCCAAGUCAGUUAAGGCGCUACAGAGUUUUCUUGGGUUCGCUAACUUCUACCGGCGAUUUAUUCGGGGCUUUAGCACAGUGGCAGCGCCGCUCACGAGCUUGUUAAAGGGGAAACCACAGCCGCUGCACGAGUUCCCACUGGAGGCAUGCGCAGCCUUUCAGCUUCUCAAACUAGCUUUCACUUCUGCGCCUAUCGUAAAACUACUCGACCCAGAGAAGCCCUUCUUAGUUGAGGUCGAUGCGUCGGAGGUGGGACUGGGAGCGGUGCUGUCACAACGCUAG